GACCGACCGUGACUCCAAUGAUUAAUCGAUUUCAUUUAGUGGACAAGGGACUUCAGUGGUUUGAUAGCGUUGGAAAUAUUAGCCACGUACACGAUCAUAUCUCUGUUCUCUCAUCGUCUACUGUAGCUAGGUUAGCUAGGAGAAAUUAAUAAGAAAACAAAGAGAGUUCGUAGCUUACACGAGCUCGGCUGCCUCCAAGAAUUUGGAUUUAUUUGGAUGGUUCCGUCCUGGUUAAUUGAAAGCGACAGAUAAAACAUUCUGUAUCUGUCAGAGGAUGCAAUUCAUCCUAACUAAAUCUUUGUGGCGAAAAGUUGUUAUGAAACUGACCAAACUACGUAUUGGUACAUCCUAACAUCUGGGCUAUGUAUCCUAACAAUUUUAAUUUUAGUUCUAACAUAUAUCAUCUUCCAUAUUUACAAAUUUACCCUCUUCAAAUCUUGGUAUUUGUAAAAUUAUCCUCCAGUUAUUUCACAUUGAGUUCUCUACCUCUCCCACUCGGCGGUCCUAGUUUUAAAGCGGAAAAUACUGCAAACCUAGUGUGGGGGUUGCAAAUGCCAAGAUUUAAGGGUAUUUGCAUAGAUGAUGGAACCAGAUACGAGACUUGUUAAAAUUCUAAUAUUUGAGUAACAUAUGUCCAUUUCUAUGUAUCAAACGUGUUGAGUUAUUUAGAUAGAUUAAGUUAAUUAGUUAAUGUUGUAAGGACCUAUUUGUAAGAGUGCAUUAAUAUAAAAGGGUACCCCUCUAUAUGAGAGUAAAAAAACCCUAAUUUUUACCCCAAAACACUUCAAAACGGCACCCGGUAACUUCAAAUACUUGAAAAAUCUGUUUAGACUUGAUUUUUUUUGUAAUUUAAGGGAUCUAUCUUGGUAGCUUGCAAAGCUUCAGCGUUGAUGGCGUGCGCUGCCUACGAAACCAAUCACAGGCAUCUAGAACAGUUAUUAUUAGUAUUUGUGUUAGCGGCGUGAGUCUUGCACAUUGACCUCUUCCUUUGGCGACCAAUUCUAGAUCAUCACGGGACUCGCUAUAAAAGAACACUAAGGUGCGUGAACACUUGAGGCACUUCUCCAGAUCUUCUGCUUCCCCUCUGAAAUAAAAAGAAGUCGAGGGAAUGGCCAACGGAAAUUUCUCCAGACCUUCGACCGCCAAACCAGCGUUAGCCGUAGCAGGCGGAGGCGACGUCGAUGCCCUCCUCGGAGAGCCGCUCCUUGUCAAUAUUGGGCGUGGAGAAAAGGAGGGGGAUCAUCGCGGUGCUGGGGUUACAUUCAGUAGGACUUGUUUCAACGUAGUUAACGUCCUCUCAGGUAUCGGGGUGCUAUCAAUGCCAUACGCGCUCGCACAAGGCGGAUGGUCGAGCUUAGUACUCUUCCUUGUUGUCAUACUAGUCUGUUGCUACACUGGAUCUCUGAUCCAAAGAUGCAUGGACGCCGACCCUCUCACUCAAACCUACCCCGAUAUUGGAGAAGUUGCAUUCGGUUACAAAGGGAGGAUAGCUAUCGCGAUCUUAAUGUAUCUCGAGUUGUAUCUAGUUGGGGUCAGUCUUUUGAUACUAGAAGGUGAUAACCUGGACAAGCUUUUUCCUAACACUAGUCUUGAAGUUGCGACGUUGAGCAUCAAAGGCAAGCAGCUCUUCGUCUGUGUGGCCGCUCUUAUUGUUUUGCCUACAACAUGGUUGAGGGAUCUUGGCGUUCUUGCUUAUUUCUCUGUUGCUGGAGUCCUGGCAUCAGCGAUUUUGUUGGCUUCUUUGUUCUGGACCGGCGUAGCUGAGACUGGGUUUCGUGCCAAGGGAAAGGCUUUGAGCUUGGAAGGUUUACCGACAGCCUUGGGUCUGUAUUUUGUAUGUUUUACGAGUCACGCAGUUUUCCCAACCAUAUAUGCAUCAAUGAAGGAUAAAGUUAGAUUUCCCAGGGUAUUGCUAAUUUCUUUUGCUAUAUGCACUCUGAACUAUGGGCUAGUUGCAAUCCUGGGUUAUCUCAUGUACGGUGAGGACCUGCAAUCCCAAGUGACGCUAAAUCUCCCUUCUGGAGAACUCUACUCCGACAUAGCAAUUUAUGCAACGCUGAUCAAUCCGUUUGCUAAAUACGCAUUAACAGUCACACCAAUUGCAAUGGCUAUAGAAGAACGUGCUGCCCUUCAUCGAAAGGGCUACACUAGCAUCGUUGUCAGAACUCUCUUGCUGAUGAGCACAGUGAUAAUAGCUUUGAAGAUUCCAUUCUUUGGCUUCAUCAUGGCAUUUAUUGGAUCAUUUCUGAGCAUCAUGGUCUCUGUCAUACUUCCGUGUUUGUGCUACCUCAAGAUUUUUAAGGCUUCAAUAAAGUAUGGACUUGAGCUACUGAGCAUCAUAGCAAUCUUAGUAGUUGGAGUUUUGAUUGCUUUCGCGGGUACUUACUCAUCGGUUCGAGACAUUAUUCACAACUUGUAAAAUUAUUUAUGACCCUGUCUGGAUUUUAUCUCUUGUUGUCAGCAUACACAGCAUUGUGGCGAUUUUAUGCGAGCUUAUUAAAAUAGAGAGAAAGGAGUCAUCCUUAUAUCCUAUAAAGGCCUUUUUCUUUUGGAAAUCCCUUGUUUAUCAGCACAAGUAAUGUAAUCCUGGAGAUCAAUCGUGUGACUAGAAUGUGACCUCAUUCAUUUAUAAGCACUGGCGACCUGAAGAAGAUGUUUGGACU